AUGAAGUUAUCCGCAAGCGGCUUCUAAUUGAUGGCGACGGAGCUGGGGACGACAGGCGGAUCAAUCUGUUGGUGAAGAGUUUCAUCAAGUGGUGCAAUUCUGGAUCUCAGGAGGAAGGUUACAGUCAGUACCAACGAAUGCUGAGUACUUUAUCGCAGUGUGAAUUUUCAAUGGGAAAAACCCUUCUGGUAUAUGACAUGAACCUGAGAGAGAUGGAAAAUUAUGAAAAAAUCUAUAAGGAUAUAGAAAAUAGUAUAGCCGCAGCACACGAGAAGAUUUCUGAAUGCAAGAAACAAAUCCUGCAAGCGAAAAGAAUUAGAAAAAAUCGCCAGGAAUAUGAUGCAUUGGCCAAAGUCAUACAGCACCAUCCAGACAGACAUGAAACACUGAAGCAGCUAGAAGCUUUGGGAAAAGAACUUCAACAUCUUUCUCACAUUAAAGAAAACGUUGAAGAUAAGUUGGAGCUGAGAAGAAAGCAGUUUCAUGUUCUCCUGAGCACCAUCCAUGAGCUUCAGCAAACACUGGAAAAUGAUGAAAAACUUUCAGAAGCUGAAGAAUCUCAAGAAACUCAGAUGGAAGCAGAGGCCAAACAGUAAAUAUUGUGAAGACUACUGAUGAUGCUCUUGAAGAAUAAUGCAUACGACUUCACUUUGUGUUCCAGCCAAUAGUAAAAGAGCAGGAGCUAAAAACUUCCUAUUGCUUCUGUGAACUUUAAUACACAGGUACUUGUUUUGCUUAUGCUCCAGGUGCAAACAGUUCCAGAUCUGUAAAGCUGAACACUUUGUGUUAAUCCAUAAACUUCGACAAGACAUAUGUUUUGGCUUACAAAAGGUGAAUCUUCUGUAAUUGUGAACAAAGGUGUUUGCAAAUCAUUAUCAAUAAAAGGUGUUUACAAA